AUGGACGUCGACGAUGUCUCCGGCCUUGAGCAGUUCACCGCCUUCUUAAGCAAGCAGAAGCAGACGCUUGAGGUCGCAAAGAAACGCAAGGGUCAACGACCUAAGGAUAUGAAACCCCUCGGGCUACUCAUCCACGAUUUCAUUGUGGUGCACAUAAGCCAGAAGACGAUGAAUCGCAGACACAUGAUACACCAAUCGUGGGUUGGCGAGCCCUAUCCGCCAAGCGUUGCGCCUUUGCCGACCCUCAAGAAGUUGCAUAUCGAUGAAAUGCAAUUGGAGACCCACCAUCGCGGAUUCUACGCUCUGCUAAGGGUGGCGACUCCACCUAAUGUGAUGACCGCGGUCAUGGUAAUUGUGGAGGAUGAAAAGGAAAACGGAGUCCUGCUCCAGGUGUAUCAACAAGAGGAUACAGAAUAUGGACUCGCGGAGGACAUUGCGCAGGUGGGCGGCGUGUGUAUCGUCAAAGAGCCAUAUUUCAAGACGAUGGGAAGUGGCGAGUAUGGCCUUCGCGUCGAUCACGUCACUGAUGUCCUCUGGCUCGCUCAAGAUGAUGAUAGAAUUCCUCAACGCUGGGCACCUCGCAUCAGUGAGGUUGACAAGGCUGCAAAGGAGAUGAAAGAGGAAGGCAAUGCUGCGUUGAAAGCUCGCAAUUUGAACAAGGCAGUCAGAUGUUACACAAAAGGACUCCACUGCGCGGCAACAACCGAAGAAAUCCAGACCAUUAAGCUGAAUCGCUCUUUUGCUAACCUCAAGCUGCGUCGGUACGACGACGCAUUAGCGGACGCUACCAACCUUUCAAGAGAGUAUAAGGUGUCGGAAAAGGGCGUAUACCGUGCCGCUUGCUCUCUAUAUGAGCUGCAGAGGUUCCAGGACUGCCGUGAAACGCUCACAACUCUUCUGGACAACUACCCGAACAACGCGGAAGCUAAAGCGCAGCUGUUGCGGACGGAGAAGCGACUCGCUGAGCAGGAAAUCGGCGAAUACGAUUUCAACGUCAUGUACAAGGCGGCUGAGGAGACCCCACCUUAUCUUGACACCGCAACAUACGCUGGACCUGUAGCCAUCAAAACCUCCGAGGGUCGUGGACGAGGACUCUUUACCACGAGAGCUGUUGUCGCUGGGGAGCUGCUGCUCUGCGAGAAAGCUUUCUCCUAUUGUUUUGCUAGCAAAGAGGAACGCGCGAUUUCUUCCAAAACAAGUAUGCUGAUGAAUACGCACACGAAGCGAGGGACCAUGGGCACGCAGGCCAGUCUCAUCACAGCUACCGUGCAGAAAAUGUUGCGGAAUCCUUCUCUGAUGCCAUCUUUCACUGCUUUGCAUCAUGGUGAUUACAAGCCAGUCAGAGAGACAGAGGUCGACGGUUCACCAAUUGUUGAUACCUUCUUAAUCGAGCAAAUCAUCGCCCUCAAUGUCUUCGGUUGCCCUCGAACCACUCUGCAAGAUCAUUUCAGGUCCCAAUCACCCGAGCAGCAAGAGCGGGAAACAUCCUACCAUACCACUGGCAUCUUCAUCAAAGCUUCUCACAUCAACCACAGCUGCUACAUGAAUGCUCGCCGCAGCUUCAUCGGAGACAUGAUCAUCGUGCGUGCCGCGAGGGCCAUUCCAGCAAAUAGUGAAAUAUUCUUCUGGUACGCCGCCCCCGAAGUCGGUCGCACGUGGGAAAAGGCGCAGCACAAGCUGCAGAAUUGGGGCUUUCAAUGCUCUUGUGUCUUGUGUCAGCAGGACAAGAAGACGGUCAAGAAGAUACGCGUCAGGAGGAACGCGCUGUUGCAAGAUCUCAGGGCAACAUUCCUAACACCUGGUGGAUGUGAUUUGCCAAAAGCGGAAAGACUGCUCGCUGCGAUCGAGAAGACCUAUUCCGCACCUGCCAAGGACAUUCCACGUCUCGAACUAGGGGACCCGUACCUCCUCCUCACCCGCAUCUACGCCCUCCAGAACAAAUCCCAAAACGUUAUCCAAACCGCAUUCAAAGUCCUGACUUCUCUCGGUUUCGUCAUCACCCACCAAUCUCCUGAUUCUCCCAACUCCUCCUCGUUCAAAGUCCUACAGUGGGGUCUCACGACGGAUGAAGUGAUCGAAACCUGGACGCACCUGUGGACUGCGUGGGGAAAUGUUGCGCCGCAUCUGUGCAAAGAGGCGGAGGAAUAUGCGAGGGUUUCCUAUAAGAUUUGCAUCGGAGAGGAUGAGACGUUUGAUGAGACGGUGGGGAAGAUGGCGCGUGAGACGAUGUUUGGGGGGAUAGAUUUGGGCACGGCAUUCCAGCAGAUGAGUCUGCGUGGAGCUGGUCGUUCAGGUUGA